CGCCGUUAACAGACAAGUAUUUUAAAAAUUUUACAUAAACGUUCGAUACGCUCAUAUCAUGAAUUUAGGUCAUUACCGUUACAAUUAAGUAAAUAUGACGAACCGAUACACAGAAGGUGAGCAAAGUUUGAUUUUAAAGUUGAUUCAGUACUUCCAAGGGGAAAAAGAAGCAGGCAAAACUUUAACACCCGUAAGCGCAGUAUAUGAUAGGGUUUGUGCUGCCCUGGGUGUAUCGUUGUGGACUGUAAAAAGAAUUAGUACAAGAGGUGUUAAAAAAGAUGACGAUUACAAAUCGCAAAAAAGUGUGGCUAUUAGUUUAUCUCACGGACCUCCGCUGCAUGAAAUAAAUACAUGAACAUGUAAUAAGGACACGGAUUUAUGCAAUGUAUGCCACAGGUAAAUAACAUUCUUUAUGUUCUAAGGGAAGAUUUGCUUCAAAUGAAGACGUUCGCGAGAACACUUAUGGAUUGAUUUUAUAGGUGAGAAUGUUACACUCCGUUCUUUACACAGUAAUCUUCAACGACUUGAUGGCGUAGAAAUAUCUGCUACCUCUUUAUCCCGCAGUUUGAAGAAACUGAAAUUCACGUGGCGGAGAUGCACCGUUUCUAAUAGAUUAUUUAAUGGAACAGCUCUAUGUAGCUCAAAGAAGACUACAAUUUUUGAGAGACUUUAAACACAACGAAACUUCACUUUUUCCAUUACGACCUGUGGUUUUAGACGAAACCUGGAUAUACAGUAAAGGGUCUUUUAGAAGAAGCUGGCAAGAUGGUACUCUCAAAACAGUUAGAAAAAAAAGUGGUGAAGGGGUCCGGUAUAUAAUACUCCAUGCAGGAUCAGAAGAUGGAUUUGUACCAAACGCAAGUCUAAUUUUUAAAUCUGGUAGCAAGUCCGGAGACUAUCAUGACUCCAUGAAUUGCCUUAACUUUGAGAAGUGGUUUGAACAACAAUUGAUCCCGAACUUGGAUGAACCUUCUCUUAUAAUUAUGGACAACGCUUCUUACCAUUCAGGAUUGGUAGAAAAAAGUCCAAAUCAAUGCUGGACAAAAAUGUCACUUAUAAAGUGGCUAACAUCACGAGACAUUACAUUUGCACCAACAAUGAUGCAAGAUCAGAUCUGGGAAGUAGUGAAAAAUCAUAUACCACCAAAACUAUUUAGAUUGAACGAAUUAGCAUUACAACAUGGUCAUCGUGUUUUGAGACUUCCUCCAUAUCACUGCGAGUAUAAUCCAAUCGAAAUGGUAUGGUCAGAAUGCAAACGGCAUUACGAUGCAAGGAUCGGUUCAAUUCAGCCUGUCACACACAGUGCCGUUUUGUCUUUAUGGAAUGAGGCACUGCACAAAGUUACACCGGAAAAAUGGAAAAGAUAUUUUGAUCAUACAGAAGCAUUAUAAACCAGGCCUAGGAACGGGAACAACAUAUUGAUACAUU